CUUGAAUUCACCAUCUUGGCUGAUGGAUACAUAGCAUUCAUUUGGCCUUACGCGUGAAUUCAACAAUCGAAUAGUUAGGUGGGUGGUAGGAAGACAGAUCACAUCAAUGCACAAAGUCAUGGCCGUGUCCACACCGUCCUACUCUACUACUUCCUCACCCACCAACUACACACAACAGCAGUCAGCUCAAUGAUCGUCUUGCUAUGCAAUCGCAGCUGGAGACAUGGACACAGACAAUUCUGGUAACUACGAUGCUUUCAGAGAUUGUGUCUUCACGACAGUUGUCGACAAGUCCUCUGUCCCUCGCAGAAAACCAACCAGGAGGGAUAACGGAGGCAAGAAAAAGAAUGUGUUCCCUGCUGCUAUCAGGCUUUCUGGUCAUAUCUCAACACUCGAAAAUAAUCAGACCAACCCAGAAGAACUGGGCGACUUCUCUAGCUAUCUUGCCACCGAGAUCUUCUCCGACUUGCCUGUCGAUCUGAAGGCUUUGUCAUACGACUCACUCCAAGAAGACAGCAUUCUGUCUGAUAAGUGGUCUUUGCCAUUGACCCUGUCUACCAUCGAAGAGAUUUGUAUCCACAUCUCAGGCACUGUCACUGACAGUCUUGUGGCAUAUGGGCUCAUAGAGCCACCCAAGUCCGACCUACAAACCUUCAUGUCCGCUCUUCUCUCAGCAUAUAUACCCAGUGUCACAGUUCCGCCCCCGAAAUGGAUCGAUACGAAGAAGAACGCCUGUGAAAUCUGUGACCGCGACUGGGUACCUUUGACCUAUCACCAUUUAAUUCCCAGGCAAGUUCAUGCAAAGGUGCUCAAGAGAGGCUGGCAUGACGAAAAGCAAUUGAACAGUGUCGCCUGGCUUUGUCGUGCCUGUCACACCUUUGUCCAUCGAAUGGCUUCCAACGAAGACCUUGCUAAGGGCUUUUACUCCCUAGAUCUCAUUUGCGAGAGGGAUGACGUCCAAAAAUGGGCACAAUGGAUUGGCAAGGUGAGGUGGAAAAAGACCUGAUCGGCCCUACAAUAUGAUUCUGCAC